UAGUGUUAAUGUUGAUGAAAGCCGAUGAGAGCAGGGAUUCUGAAAUUAUCAAUGGCUAUUGAGCUAAUAUUUCUUGGUACAGGAUCUGCAUAUCCUUCACCAGUACGUGGAGCCUCCUGUAUUGCAUUAAGAUCUGAUCUAUCUAUGGUUUCACUCACACACCUCCACCCACUAUUCUUAUUUCCUUUCCCUUCAACUCAGAGGUGGGUGGUUGCUGGUUGUUUGAUUGCGGUGAGGGUAGUCAGACCCAGUUAAUGAGAAGUACAGUUCGUCUUGGAAGGAUCACGAAAAUAUUUAUAACUCAUCUUCAUGGAGACCAUUUGUUUGGUCUUCCUGGUCUCUUAUGUACUAUAAAUCAAAAUGCUGACAGAUGUCACAUCCCAGUGGAUAUAUAUGGACCAUAUGGUCUCUGUCAUUAUUUAAGGACGACUCUCUCACUCUCACGCUCUUUUCUUGCCUUCAAAUAUAGAGUACAUGAGCUACUGACUGAUACAAACCCAUCAGACAUUGAUGGAAUUAACUGGAAUCCUCAUUAUGUUCCAGAUAGUGUUCUUCAUCCAAAUGAAAUGCAACCAUGUCAGAUUAGACCAAAUGCCAGUGGAGUGUGGGAAGUCUGUAUAUCUGGGCCAUUAAAAGUGUUAGCAGGUCACCUGAAACACAGAGUAACAACAUUUGGUUAUGUUACCAUUGAGGAUGAUAUACCUGGCAAACUCCAAGUUGAAAGGCUUAAGGAAUUGGGUAUACCCCCUGGCCCCAUAUAUGGUAAAUUAAAGAAAGGUGAAACUGUCAUUACACCAUCUGGCAAUACUAUUACACCAAGUGAUGUCAUUGGGCCAUCAGAAAAAGGAAGGAAAAUCGUUAUACUAGGUGAUACCUGUGAUAGUUACCGCAUAGCUGAAAUAGCAAAAAAUGCUGAUGUACUUGUACAUGAAGCCACUAAUGAAAAUUCACACUUUGAGAAGUGUGUUGAGAAUGGACAUUCAACCCCUAGUAUGGCUGCUGAGUUUGCACUCAGUAUUGGAGCACGGAAACUAAUACUAACUCAUUUUAGUCAAAGAUACAAAGACCUCAAUGAAGAACUCGAAGAAAAUGAAGAAUCAGUUGAAAAAUUGUUGAAAGAAGCUCAGGAAAUUUUUGGAAAUGAAGUUUAUGUUGCGUCUGACUUUAAAACAUUCAAUGUCCCACUCCAUAGAAAUUAAUUUAUCAAUGUUUAGGUUUAUUUAUGAAUAAUCACUUGUCUUCCGAUAAUAGUAAAAAUCUUUUUUACUAGUUUUUUAA